GUUAUUAUAUUUGCUUCUAAACAGCUCGGUUGUUUUUCUGGGCCAGGGUGCCAAGACUUGGAAGUGGAAGCUCAUUGUUAGAGAUAUUCCUUUCAAGGGUUUUUUUCUCAUUGUAUUGUCAUAUGACAUUCUUUUUCCUUAGGGGAGAGCUUAAAUUAAACAAGUUUGCUUACGUAAAUGCAGGCCAAAGAGAAUGAAAUAAAAGAGAUAUUUUCAUCAGCAGUGUUUUUCUUGGAUGUAAUUAUACCACACAAUUCUGAUACAGGGUUGCCUAAAGGUUUAGCAUUUGUCCAAUUCACACGCAAACAGGAUGCAGAAAAUGCAAUAAAAAAGUUAAAAAGGACAAAUGCUUCAUAAAAGACCCAUAGCUGUUGACUGGGCUCUUUCAAAGCAGAUAUAUGGAAGGUCUUAUUCUUGAGGGAACUCCAGCUGCAGAAGGGGUUUCGGGCUAGCGAUAUGUUGAAAUGCCAAAUGGAGGAGAGGAGCAAGAUGAUGAAGCUUCAGUCUCCAAAUUUUCAUGUCUCGAAGACAAGAAUAUUUAUAAAAAAAUUGUUGAAGUCCAUGACAGCAAAAGAACUACAAAAACUUUGUAUCGAUGCUGCUACCUCACGAGCUACAAAACAAAAACCUAUGAUCCAACAGAGGAUAUGAAGAAAGGAAAGCUUGUUGCAAAGAAUUUCUCUCAUGGAGCUGCUUUUGUUGAGUUUACAGAGCAUCAGCAUGCACUUGUGGCCCUGAGAGUUUUGAACAACAAUCCUGAAACUCUUGGUCCUGAGCAUCGCCCAAUUGUGGAGUUUGCACUUGAGAAUGUUAAAAAAUUGAAUAUACGAAAUACUAAGAUACAAGCACAGCAGCAUGCAGCUCAUCGUAAUUGGGAAAACGUGCAUCAAAAUGAAGGCUCAAAUAGACCAGAUACUCAUCCAAGCAAGAAGUCCAAAAACUCGAAACAAAAAGGGGAGAAGCGAAAAUUGGAUGAUUCAGUACCAAAUAAAGAAGAUGAAGUUGAAAAUAAGUUUAGUGAUGGAGCUGCCACCGAAAGACAGAGAGGUUCUAAGAGGCAGAAAAAGUAGUUGCUAUAAAUUUUGCACAUUGUAUAACUUUUGGCAAUAUUUGUAAGCAUGAAAUUUACUGUCUGGCAUUUUGGUUGAAAAACGAUUGAUUUGUCCUCAAAC